AUGGCCAGGCCGGCCUCGAUCCUCAGGGCUGUCGCAGGCCUCGUGCUGCUGGCCGGCACCUCGCUCGCCGCGCCGCCGCGACGGCUCUCACCCCGGGCCGCGGGAGGCCAGACCGUCGUCUACUGGGGACAAAACGGCGGCGGGGGCGCCGUCGAGAACAACGACCUGGCGGCGUACUGCACCGGGCAGGCCGGCAUCGACAUUGUCGUCCUCGCCUUCCUGUACCAGUUCGGCAACGGGAACAAGGUGGCGUCGGGGAGCUUCGGCCGGUCGUGCGUCAUCACGCCGGCCGGCGAGGGCCAGAACUGCGACGACCUGGCGAGGGCCAUCGACACGUGCAAGGCCAACGGCGUCAAGGUGAUUCUGUCGCUGGGCGGCGCCGCGGGCACCUACGCCCUGACGUCGCAGGAGGAGGCCGAGGCCGUCGGCCAGAGCCUCUGGGACGCCUACGGAACCCCGGGCGGCGGCGGCGGCGGCCCCGCGGCGCCCCCGACGCCGCGGCCCUUUGGCAAGACCUUUGUCGACGGCUGGGACUUUGACAUUGAGACGAGCAGCGGCAGCAACUACUACCCCUUCCUGAUUGCCAAGCUGCGGUCCAACUUCGCCGCCGGCGCCCGGUUCCUCAUCACGGGGGCGCCGCAGUGCCCCGUGCCGGAGCCCAACAUGAACGCCAUCAUUGCCGGCGCGCAGUUCGACUACCUCUGGGUCCAGUUCUACAACAACCCCGGGUGCUCGGUCGACGGGCCCAUCAACUACGACGCCUGGAAGGCCAACGUCGCCAACACGCCCUCGGCCCGGGCCAGCAUCUUCAUCGGCGUGCCGGCGUCCCCGCUCGGCGCUACCGGCACCGCCGCCGGCGCCCGGUACUACCUCGAGCCGGGGCAGCUGGCGGCCCUCGUGGCCCGGUACAGCGGCGACGGCGCCUUUGGCGGCGUCAUGAUGUGGUCCGCCGCCUUUUCCGACGCCAACGUCAACAACGGCUGCACCUACGCCCAGCAGGCGAAGCGCAUCCUGACCACUGGCCAGGCUUGCUGA